AUGUUUGUACUUCCUAAGUACCAUAUACACGUAUCUGAACUUGCACUAUCACCGGAAGAAGCACGCUUACCAUCUCGUCCAUUUGAGCAAGUGCCAUCACCAGCACCAUUUCGCACACCUAUUCGAACAAACCGAGGCUUGGAUUUGAGAUUAGGACCACUUGAAAUUACCUAUUUGUACUUGCACAAAAUGAAUGAAUCCUAUGUAAAUAUUGGCACGAUCCAAUCCAGGUUCGAACAGAUAAGCACAUUUGAAGUGUCGUCUUGCGAUACGCAUCACAAGACUGACCAAGGUGUUGUACAUGUGCCAUUUGGUAUAGUACACCUCUUUCGUGUGUUAGAUAAUGCGCACGAUUCACAACAUUCUACCAAGGUGGUUGAAGCCGAUGACGCGACGGUGGAUGACGAAAGCAUGGGGACAAUACUCGCCAUGCUCAAUGUACCUGCGCCUAUGAACGCUUCAGCACUACUCCAGUUCCUUGAUUCCGCUCUCGAGGCAAUCGAACAAGUACGCAUUAUACAUCAAUUGGGAAAGAAUUAUCUUCUUGUGCUCAUCAAGUUUCGUGAUGCUCUAGAUGCGGAAGAAUUCUUCAAGAUGUAUAAUGGUCAGCCGUUUGAUGCGUUUGAUACAUCAGACGCCUGUGAACUUGUUUAUAUUACAGGAUUUACAGCAUCAGCAGCUUCAUCUAUGCCUGUACCGUACCCUAUGUCAUCAGCAUUGUCACCCUGGCCUAUCAUUUUACCGUCAGACACCGAAAAAGCACCAUCACUUCACAAUUUACAACCACAUCGUUUAGAUUCAGGACUACGAAAAAAUGCAUUUGAACUCCCUACUUGUCCUGUUUGUUUGGAUCGACUUGAUUCGCGCUUGUCUGGUAUUGUGACCGUAUUGUGUCAGCACUCAUUUCAUUGUUCUUGUUUGCAGCGCUGGGAUGACAGCCGGUGUCCUGUGUGUCGGCACUCUUAUGUUCGGCAUGUCAAAGGUGCCUCAGCUGAUGGUAGCGAUGCAUCGCUGCUCGCGUCCCAUUGUGGUGCGUGCCAAAACGAUUCAGACUUGUGGAUGUGCCUAAUUUGUGCGAAUGUGGGCUGUGGACGGUACACUCACGGUCAUGCGCGUCAGCAUUAUGAAGAAACGGGACAUCUGUACAGUCUUGAAGUCGAAACGCAACGUGUUUGGGAUUAUGCUGGCGAUGGCUAUGUCCAUCGCUUGAUUCAGAGCAAGUCCGGCGGAAAGCUUGUGGAACUCCCAUCAGCUACAAAUAUGGCUGCUAGUGUGCCUGGGGAAUUAUGGAAUCCUCGUUAUCCCAGUGGAUCUGGUUUCAAUCGCGAGGGAAACGAAUUGCAGGAGGGCAUAUCCAAUCCGACGGAUCAGGGUCAAGUGGAGAUGCUACAGGAGAAGAUGGAGGCCAUUGGGGCUGAAUAUUCGAGCAUGAUCAUGUCCCAACUAGAUUCUCAGCGUGUAUACUACGAGGGACGUUUGGCUCAAGUCAAGUCUCAAAGCGUGUCGCAAUCUGAAUAUGAACACGCGUGUAGGGAAAGAGACCAGCUUCGUGAAGAGUGUAAUGCAACCAAAGAGCAUCUCGAUUCUAUGUCACAGGAACUAUCCUCGACGCAAUCCACUAUAAAAAGACAAGAUGCACAGCUUCGUCGAGCGUUGGAGACAGUCCGAAUGACGCGACAUGAGCUCGAGGAAGAAAAAAGUGUGUCAAGUGGCUUGUAUUCUCAUGUUCAACAACUGCAAGAAGGACACAGCAAACUAGAAGCACAAGUCGCAGACUUGAAAGAGCAAUUACGCGACAUGAUGUUUUUUGUCAGUGCUCGAGACAAGAUUGAUCAAAUGGACGAUUCAUUUGGCAUAGCGGGUGGUGAUGUGAUUGUACCGAGUGAGCCUAGCGAGCAGCGUACGCGCCAUAACAAGAAAAACGGGUCAUCACGUCGUUAG